AUGAAGUUGUCAUCCGUAGCUAUCUCUGCUUCUGCCUUGGCUUUAACGGCAUCCGCUGCGAUCAUUCCAUUACAAUCACCUACUAGCAUCAAAUCUAGAUCAACUCACAAGGAUGAACACAAUGGAGAUCAUCACCACACCAAGCCAUCCAUGAAUAUUCGUAAAAAAGAUAUGAGAAGAAGCCGCAUUCGUUCAAUGAUGUAUGUGGACAACAACCGCCACAUUCACGGAUCUGACGUUGUCGUGGAGUCUUAUCGCGGACAUGGACAUGAUACAGUGGCCAUACCACUCCAUCAUCACUCGGUCGAAUACGUUGAAGGUCGGGUUCAUCGCGAUCACAAGCGUUCAACGCACUACAGCUAUGUUCCCAACUACCUCCCGGGAGUUCCUUAUGCCCAGACCGUUGGGGCUCCAGUGAUGACGCGGGUCAUCACUUCUAGGCCGAAAACUACUGUGAUCAAUGAAUACGUACCGGGUCGUACUCACACAAGCAUUCAUGAAGUCAGCUACAUGAACUUGCCUCCCAAGCCGAAAGUUGUUACGAUCCCUGGAUACGUACCUGGUCGUGGUCACACAAGCAUCCAUCAACACAUCCAUUACCGCCGCAAAUCCCGACACGGGUCCCCAAAAUCGAACUCUCCUAAUCGUUUUGCCAUCAAGCAUGGUAAGCCCGGAAAAUCUGGUUCGCAAAAAGGAGAAGCAGCCGGAGAAGCAGGUGACUCCAAGAAACAGAAGCACUCAGAGGACUCUUCUGAAUCCGAGGCUGCGUCCAAGAAACAAUCCCAUGGGGAAGCCUCUAAAUCUAACAAAAAGUCCGGGAAACACAGUCAGCUAUCCGAGCGUUCCAUCUCGACCAGUGGCUCUGUAACACAAAGCGGAGUACCGGGCUUUAUCGAAGUAGCCACACCUCUUUUCAAAUCGGCACUCGCUAAAGCUGUCUCCGGUCUCACUUAUUCCACAACGAACGGUAGCAAUUUUGAUCUCACCACAUCUGAUACCCAAUCUACACAAUUCUUCAUGUCUCCUAUGAACAAUACUGUUGGUCCAGCUGCAUUCCAGCUCCGCAUCCCAAUCCUCGAUAGCACCACCUUCCAGACCGUUGAUCAUUGCGCAACAUUCGCCCUCUCGCCUCCCGGUCCUCUUUCCCUUCAGAAAUGUGGACCAGUUCCAGGAUGUUCUCAAGCCUUUGCAUACAACGAUGUCUCAGGAAAGAUCGAGCCCAUCUAUGGUUCGAAUGCUGCGCCAUCCAACAGUAACUCUACGUCCCAUUCAUCUUCAUCUCCCUCGGGGACAUAUCGUAUGACGCAGAUGGACUCGUCCGCAAACUCGACUUCGAUGUCUAACUCUUCAACACCUUCCAAUUCCACAACUUCAAAUGACUCUACAUCCAACGGGACAGCCCCACUCUUUACACAAGAUUCCAGUGCAUACCAAAAUUCGCUCAAUGGGUCUUCUGACUCUGUCAACAGUUCCAUGACCAUACAGAACGGAACUGCCCAGAAUAACGUGACAGCAAGUGGAUCUCACAGCUUUCUAGCAACACCCGAAUCCACCUCACUCAACUCUACGUCAACUGAGGUACAGAAAGAUUCACCAUCGCCUCCUGCAGCCCUGUAUUUUGUUCCCGCUCAAGGAUUUUACCAGGCCCCAGCGACGAUAGAUCAAGUUCUUGACUCAACAUCGUCUGCCGCUACUGCUGCCUCGCCUGCCCCAAUCGGUCGAAAUGUGGUCGCUAGCGCUGAUGACGGAUCAGACGACAAUGACGAUGACGACGAUGACGACAGUGAUCAAGUUCUCAACCGAGCAGUCAUCGACCCCGUGACCGGUGCAGCUGGUGCAGCUGGAGCUCCUGUUCCUGCCACUCCAAACAAUCGCUCUGGUGUCAACACAGAACAAGUGCUUGGUGAUGGAAAUGACGCUGGAGAAGAUGUUGCCGAAACACAAGAUGAGGUCAAAUCUGAUGAAGCUGAAGACGCCGCUAUUCUUGCAUCCCAGUAG